GGGAGCGGCGGGCCGGGGGCGGGCGCGUCCCGCCGUGAUCCCGGUUCGAUCCCCGGCCCGGGCCGGCCCGGCCCCGCCGCGAUGAACGAGGCGGUGUCGCGGCAAACGCGGGAGACCCUGGGGCAGGUGAUCCGCAAGCCGCCGCUCACCGACGCGCUGCUGAGCAAGCCGCCCUUCCGCUACCUGCACGACCUGAUCUGCGAGGUGAUCAGAGUGACAGGUUUUCUGAAAGGACUUUACACAGAUUUCGAGUUGAAGUCUGAUAAUGUCAAGGAUAAGGAUUCCAAAAUCAACUUCCUUCAGAAGGCCAUUGAUGCUGUUGUGAUGGUGACAGGAGAGCCACUGUCAGUGAAACCAGCACGAGUUGUGGCUGGACAUGAGCCUGAGAAAACCAAUGAAUUCCUUCAGGCAAUUGGAAGGUGUUGCUUAAAUAAGCUGUCCAGUGAUGCUGCUGUAAAAAGGGUCUUGGCUGGGGAAAAAGCUGAUGCUAAAGGGAAACCUCCACCAUCUAAACCUCAAGAUAAAGACAGCAGAGAGCCCAAAGCAGAAGAACACAAAAGCCAUAAGGACAAAGAGAGCAGAAGAGACACUGAAAUUAAAGACAGAAGUUCCAGCAGAGACAAAAAACCCAAAGAAGAUUUGAAAGAGAGCAGAGAAAGAGAAAAGGAGAGAGAUAAACAGAGGAAUAGUGAAAAGAGGCACAAAGAACCUGAAAGAGACACCUCAAAGGAAGUAGAAAAACAAGAGAGGGAAAGAGGCAAAAACAGAACGACCAAGCAAGGAAGGGAAACAGAAAAAAACAAAGGAAAAGGAGAUGCAGAGCAAGGAGACAACCUCAGGAAUGAUAAAGGACAGGAAAGAGAGAAAAGACAUGAAGGAGAAAGAGAAAAGGACAGGCUGAAAGGAAGAGACAAAGAUAAGGCCAGGGACAGAGAAGGAGAGAAAGACAGAGAGAGAAGAAGAGGUCGGGACAGAGAAGAAGAUGGAGAACAUCUCAGGGAACAUGGAAAGGAGAAAGCAGAGAAAAAGCCCUCAGAAUCUGAAGAAUCCAUGCAUGGAAGACCACAGAGGCCAACUAAAGACAGCAAGUGCCAGCCAGACACUGAGAAUGAAACUCCUGCAAGGAUAUCAAAGCAGCCUUCAGCAAAGGCAUCAAGGCAUCACUCCAAGCCCGGAGGAGAAGGAGCUGUGGACAUGAGGAGUGUGGCAGAUGGGAUUUCAGAGGAUGGUGCUGCUGAGCUGCAGGAGAAAAAUGAACCAGGUCUUGCAGAGAAACAAAAGGAAAGAGAAACGGAGAACGCUCCUGACAAGCCUGGAAAUGGGGAAGCACCUCCUGAUGUCCCACCUCGGCCUGCCCAAAGACGGAUUCCCCGUCCUGGCAGCGCAAGGCCGGCACCUCCGCGAGUGAAACGUCAGGAGAGCACCGAGCUCUUAAUCCCAGAAAGGAGCGGCAGUGCCAAAACAGCCCCGACCGUGCCCAGGGAGCAGCAGGUUUCUGAUGAGGAGGAUGAGCAGUUCGUGGUGGAGGCAGCAGAGACCCUGCCAGAGAUGCCAAAGGAGCCAGAAGUGGAGCUGGUUGAGGAUCAAAAUCAUGGUGGGCUGGUGAAAAGAAUCCUAGAAACAAAGAAGGAUUAUGAGGCAUCACAGAAAUCAUCACAGACCACAGACCGGAGUGAGCAAAGGUGGCACCCGGGGCUUGUACCGCCCACGUCGCUGGCUGCAGGAAACCAUCUGCCAUCAUUCCAGAGCUUUUAACCCAUAGCUGGAAGUGUGGAGCUGGGAACAGCCACUAAUGGAUUUCUCUUCCUUAAUUAUUUAAAAUCAGCACGAGUUGGCAAAGCUUGAGAGUGUCACAGUGAUAAUUCUGAGCCUUGAGCUGCAGGAUGUGGAAUUGUGGCUGUCUCAUCCCUGGAAUGUCCAAGGCCAGCUUGGAUGGGCUUGGGGCAACCUGGGAUAGUGGAAGAUGUCCCUGCCCAUGGCAUGACUCGGAACUGGAUGGGCUGUGAGGCUCCUUCCCACCCAAACCACUCUGGGAUUCUGGGAUCAUUAGCACAGGUGCUAAUGAGACAAGGAAAGAAUGGAUGGUGGUUUUCAAGGCUGAGCUGCUGUGCCUUCUGCUUGGGAAAUCUUUCUUGGGAGGAAAUUUUUCUUGGAUUUUUCUUGAAACUUGUGAGUUCUUAUACCACUUCAAUAUUGUAUAUGUUUCAAAGACACAAAUUUUUAAUUUUUUUUGGUUUUAUUUUAAACAAACCUAUUGAUUCACCUGUAUGAAUAAUAUUUACUAGAUUUUUAUUUCAAAUAGUAUUUAAUAGAUUUUUUAGUGGCAUUACGUUUCAGUUCUUGCAGUGAUAAUCCUGUAAUUCCGUGACUGACUUUGGAUGGCAUAAUACUUUCUCCUUUUAAUCUCACUUUUGAAAUAUUCAACUGCAUAAAGAACAUGCUGGAGUUACAGGGACACUGGAAUUAAUUUUCAGUAUUUACUAAUACCCUUUAAGAAACUAAUUAAUGAAAAAUAUUCAAAGUUUUUUUGUUUCACUUGAGCUUUUCAAGCAGCUGUGUAUUUUAGCCUGGAAUACUUCAAAUUGUGAGCUGGACCUUUGUUUACAGACCUGUGUAGAUCUGUGUAUAGAUAUUCUGUAUCGAAAACAUACAAUUCUGGUUUGCUUCUUUA